AUGGGGUCAAAACGUGCAAAAAAAUGUGUAUCUAAGGGUAUAAACCGAGUAGAUCGUGAGCAGCAAAUAAAAAAUCAAUUCGAUCUUCUUCGUCUGGAAGUGAAAUAUCCUGGAACAGCAAUAUUAUUGCUGCAAUGUAAAGAAAAACCCAUCUUAUUAGCCGCAUCAGCUGCUCUUGCGAAAUUUGGCGCUAAAUCUGAAGAAAACUUGGAAGUCUUGUUCAAUCUUGAAAUCGUAGACAGUGUACUUCCAUUGAUCACACAUGAGGAUUUAUUCACUCGAAGAUUCGCUGCAAAGUUGCUAGCAGAAAUGGCAGUUAUUCCAAAUGUCCGCUAUUUUCUCUUAGAUUUCAAUUAUUACAUUCCACAUUUUAUCAAAGUACUAAUUAACGAAGAAGACAUGUUUAUGCAAGAAUUUUCAUCUUUAAUCCUAGCAGAAAUAUCGACCGAUGUUUUUGGUGCAGCUCAAUUAUUGAAACAAUGUUCAGACAUGAACUUUCUGUUUGAAAGAAUUCAGUCACCAGAUCCUGAUGUGAAGAAGAAUAUUAUACAAAUUAUGUACAAUUUAUUGCAAGAUCCUUUGGGUGCCCAAGAAAUCAUUAUGACUAAGGAUUUUGAUAUGCAACUCAUAUAUAAAUUAUUUAAUUCGUCUUAUCUUGAAAUACAAAAGCUUGCUCUCGACGUGAUAGCUGAUUUUGUGCGCAGAAAUAAGAAUGAAUAUUUGCAUGACCACUUCCGGCGUACGAACGGUCUUCAAGCUCUGUUACAGGUCUUAGAAAAGAGAGAGUGGGAAGAUAUUCACAAGAAAGUUCUCAAGAUUCUCUGCUUAGCCUGUGACAAUGUUACUACAGUAGAAUUGCUAGAUGAUAUUGGUGGUAUUAAACAGAUAUUGAAAUAUACAGAGGAUACGUCGAAUUCGAAACUCUUUAUGGAAGCUUUUGACUUGGCUGUUUGUUUGUCCCAAACGCCUAAGGGUAGAAAAGUAAUCCUUGUUUGGUAUAAUUUUCGAGGAAGCAAUACAUCAUCUGAGAAUGUCAUAAUAAUUAACGAUUCCUCUUCAGAUGUGUUCAAAAAUGAGAAACUAAAAUGGCCUGUCAGACAGGCAGCAUUGUUUGCAUUGAAACAGCUGCUGAGGUGUAAUAUCAGCAACUGUCAGAAUUUCUUGAACAUUCAGGGACAGAAUUAUUUGUUGUCACUGAUGAAACAAACAGUGGGAAAGGUCCCUAUUGAAAUUCUCGUUGGAGUUGUAGAAUCUUUUAUUAUAAUUGCAAGGAACUUGGCUUUGAGAAGAAGCAUAAUCAGCACAGAUUUAAUUGACACCCUGUCUGCAUCCUUUGAGUUGACAUGCAAAUCGAUGAAUGACUUCAAAGUAAUCUGUUGCACUGCCCUGUCCAUUCUGUGCACAGAGAAAUUUGGAAGGCAAGAAUUUCUGAAGACUGGAAGAGCGAAAAGAUUAUAUAAUCUAUUGUGCGACAUCGGUUCGAUUCCAGUAAGAAAUGCAGUCGUCCAACUGAUCCAAUCACUUUGUGUAGACCCGAUUUUGGCAGACGCUUUUGUCAAAGCCAGAUAUUUGCAUUACAUGCUGAAGAACCGGUUAAUCGCCAGAGUUGUUCCAUCAUGGAACACGUGUAUAGAGGCUUUGUUCGACUCGCAUCUUUCCCUCAAAUUUGCUCUCACCGGACGACUUUCUUUUCAUAACGUCACUGAAGAUGGAUUUUAUGUUCUUCGGAGGAAUGUCUGCUCGUUUCCCAUAUUGGAUGAUAUAUUGAAAUUUAAAUUUUGUCCACUGGAACCUAUCUACGUAGUCAAUUGUAUUCGUCCUCGACAAUCGAGCUUGUUAGAAGAAGAAUGCGACCGACUGAGCUUGCAAGAGCCUAGUAUACUGUCCAUCGAUUCUAAAAGAAUCUUCUUGUCCACUGAGAUUAGACGUAUGACGAUGGAAUCGAGGUUCGGUCGUCUUCAGUGCGAUUCUCAUCUCUAUGAUUAUAUAGAAUUAUUCAAAUGCAAUCUGAUUGCUGCAGAGUCGAAAAACGUAGUGUCGAAAACGAGACAAGGAUUGGUGAACAUAAAUUACAUAGCCUCACGUGCUAAAAUGCUAGGCAAGUUUGUAGCUCAACAAAUGUCAGGUCCAGAUCCUCUAAUCAACUGUAUAGACCACCAGUUAGAGAUUCAUUUGAAGGAGAUCAAGAAGAGCAUAGGAACCAGCGUAAUACCAUUAGGAAUGUUACGAGUUGGUUCUUAUUUUGAAAGAGCCUUGCUUUUCAAAGUAAUCGCUGAUAGAGUAUAUCUGCCAGCUGCGUUGGUGCGUGGAGAGUAUGGGAAAGCUUGGAUAGAGAUAGCUGUGCCUGAGGUAAAGUCUUCAGUGGAAGAAGAUUCGUUUUACUCUUACAUCCACAGAGACAUAACCUGUCCAGAGAUUAUCACAAUCCAUGAACCUGUACAGUACCCACCUGAAAGCGGAGAUCAAACAGGUAAUGAUAUAAUUCCUGAACAAGAUCAGUAUCAAUCGGUAUUCCCAACCAAGUUGUUGAAACCGAAUUUUAUUGUCGAUUUAAUGGAAUGUCCUGGAGACUUGAUUCCCGUUAAUAGUUGUCGAGCCAGAUUGUACUGCGAAAAAAGACUAACCUGUAUUGAUAUGUGUCAGAAUAUAUAA